AUGGCCAAAACCAAGAGAAUCAUCACCAUUCUCAUAAGGUUUCUAGCUUUGGGUGCAACUCUUUCUGCGACAGUUGUCAUGGUCACUAGCCACGACUCUGCUGAGGUGUUGAACAUAAAAUUCACGGUAAAAUAUAACAACUCCCCUUCAUUCAAGUUUUAUGUGAUUGCAGAGGCAAUUGCAAGCGGCUACGGCCUUGUAGCUCUCUUUUUAUCUAGGAAGAGUUCCGUAGACCGCUUGAUUGGGAUCAUGAACGUGCUUAUAGCGAUGCUACUAACAUCGAGUAUCUCAGCUGCUUCGGCAGUAGCAGAGAUAGGGAAGAAAGGGAACAGUCAUGCGGGUUGGCUUCCCAUCUGCGACCAAGUUCCAAAAUUUUGCGACAUGUCACAGCUGGCUCCGUUAUAG